AUGUCGGCGGUUUUGAGGAAGUUUAAGAUGGCGAGCUUGGAGGAAAUGGUGAUGAGGAUUGAAGACAUGGAGGACUCCCUCGCUGAUUUGAGAACAAAAUCGAAUCUUUACCAGCUUCCAGCCGAAGAAACCUUCUCAAGAAAAAAAUCAAGAUCGUUCAACCUCGAACAUUUUCUCAAAAAGAUGCCGUUCAACGACUGUUCCAAGCUGCGAAAAAUUGACGAGCUCGAAUCCCUCCUUGAUUCGCAAAUGACCAAGCUUUCAGAACGACUUGAGCACAUAGAAAAAUCAAUCAAUCGGACGAAAUCGCGGCUUAAUGCGGAGAAAUCGGCGAAUAAUUUGAAGUUGGACUUUUGUUUGAGCUCCGGGAGACCGCUUGGAAUGAGCACGGGAGAAAUUGCGGAUGAUCAAAUUGAAGCUUCGGAUUUUACAGCGCCGGAGUUACGAUAA